AUUUUGGACAGGCGUUUGUUUGUUUACAAAUGGCGGAUGCAAGAAUUUUUAAAAAUUUGCUAUGAUAUAAAUUAGAUUCUAUCACAUUAUGAUGUGAAGUUGUUUGUUCUUCUGCAUAAUGCACAUGCUAUAUAUGUGAACAUUAAGAGAUAACAAAAUGCAGCGUAGAAAUCCAGGAGCAACUGCUGCAUUGCUACAAAGAGCCAACAGUCAGCUGAAGGGAGAAAAAAUUGAAAAGCCAGAGGAUGAACUUAAUGCCUACAUUAGUUCAUUAACACAGAAAACUUCCAAACAACAGAAGACUGUUAACUUUGAAGAUCUUGGUGAUAGUAUUUCCAUAUCAAGUGAUAUUGAAGAUGUGCGAGUUCAGGCAAAACCUGCCCCAGAAAUUUCUUCAGGUAGUAAAUUUUUGAAAAAGAAGCCAGGUGCAGUCGGAGAUGAGAAUGUAGAACCGGCAGGGAAUAAAUUUCUGAAGAAACCUCAGGUCUCGGCCACUUCUCCAUCUCCAGCUGUUAAAUCUCAGCCUGCUCAAAGGUAUGGUAGUCAGUCUGUUCAGAGUGCAGGGUCCAGUAGACCAGUCAGUCAACUUGGGUCAAGCAGACAAGCCUACAGUGCCUUGGAUAAGGCCUCGGCACUAACAGGCAAGAUUCAGCAGAGAGCAGCCACGCGCAAGACCUACACCCUUGAGUCUGACAGUGAUGAGAGUUUUAGUGCUGUAAAACUCUCCCGGUCUAUUGGAGACCAAUUAUCAGAUUCCCAUAAUUCUAAAUCAGAGAGCAUAAAAAUAGGUCGGGAUGGAGGCAAGUUUUUGAAGAAAGCCACUCCCAGUCAGGCCCCUCUUGCAUCAAUAGAACCACCUAGAGCUACCACAGCACAACAAAACCGAGGACUUUCACCAGCCAAACAGUCAUUAGAUAGUCAACCUCAGAAGAAAAAAGCAUCUCCAUUCCAACUGAAGAGUUCAUUAAAGUAUUCAACUGAUGUUGUAUUAACCUCUGAAGAGGAAAGUUUGGCUGAGUUUGUUGGUGGCCUUCCAUCCUCGUCUGAUAGCAUGGACAUUAAACCUAAGAGACAAUAUGGUAGACCAUCAGGACGACACACCCCGCAGUCACCACCUGCAAAAGUCAGCAAAGGCAGGCGUAGCCCAUCUCCACCCCCUCCUAAUAAAUCCUCAGGAAGACCUACAUCCUCCAAAAGUCAAGGUCGUUCUCCAUCUCCGCAGAAUAAACCACCAGUCCUGCGUCGCACACCAUCUCCUAGUCCCCGCAACACUGAUAGAUUGUCACCCGGUCUUAGACGGCGAUCACCGUCCCCUAAACUUAAAAGGUCAUAUUCUGAUGACUCAAAUGUAGCUGAAUCUAUAAUUGAUGAAAUAGCUGAUGACUUUGGAAUCAAUGUGGUAAUGGAUUUAGAUGACCUUGGACCUGUAGAUGAUGCUGAACCUCUGUCUAGACCUGAUACCCCAAUCUCUCGUAGCAAUUCCCCAUCUCCUGUAAGAUCUACUGCAAGAAAAACAAAGAAAGAAAAGAAAGGGAGAGGAAAUAAAUCUAUAACAAAAUCAACCUCUGAAACGUCUCUGAAAGGUAAAAAGAAUAAUGAAUCCCCAUUUAGAGCAAAGGCUGACAAAGAAUCUUCAGUAUUUAAAGCCAGUAAUGAUAGGGACAAAUCUCCAUUUAAGGCCAGCUCAGGUGGGAAUGAUUCACCUUUUAAAGCUAAUAACAAAAGGAAUGAAUCUCCAUUCAAGGCAGCUAAUACUGAAUCUCCAUUCAAAGCAAAGGCAGACAGUUCCCCAUUUAGAGCCAGCAAUGAGGGGUCUUGUUUAAAGCUUCAAAUAAGAGCAGCUCUCCAUUUAAAGCUCGUAGCUCUGACCGGUCAGAUUUGUCAGAUACCAGCAGAACAAGUUCUCCAGUCAAGUCACGUGGCAAAAGCUCAAAAAAAGGCACAGAAAAAGAAAAAAAGAGCGUUCGAAGGAAAGGUCGAAAGGUAAAAAGGCUUCAGGAAAUGACCUUUUUAGUUCAUUUGAUUACAGACCAUAGAUGAUUUAAUGGGACAUUCUAUUAAAGAGAGUGAGUAUGACAGUGUAAGAAGUGAGGUAGAAGAAGUAAACAGUGAAGUGUCUGAAGAGAUAAGAACAGAGAAACCUGGUGCAUACAGUUAUAGUCAGAAAUUCGAAGACACUGAAACUGAAAUUGCUACAGAUUAUGAAACGACUAAACCUUCUACAGUAAAUUAUACUGAAGAUUUUGAUAGUAUAUUGAGAAGAUAGGUUACAGCAGUGACAGAGGACGAUCAUCAGCGUCAGAGGUGAGAACAAAAUACAGUGGUGAUGAGACAGUGAGAAGUGACUCGGAAGUUCACAGAGAGCGACACAGAAACAGUGAUAUCUGAGUCUAAAUUUACAGAAGAUGAAGAUGAUAAAACAUACAGUGAGAGUUAUUCUGAGUAUUCUGAGGAUUUCAC